GUAACACAUCCCCCAACUCUCCCUCAAUCUGUACCCCUUGUCACAGUACACAUAUUUUUAUUUCUUAACCUCUUAAAAACAGGAGACAUUUUAGGAGGACAUAGAGGUGUUUAAACUCCUUUAUGUGGUUAGUUUGUGUACUGGUCUACAGAACAUCCUGUUAUACAAUCAUGAAAAAUCACACAGACUCAGUCUCAUUAGAUGUUUAAUGAAUCAGAGUAUAUAUAUUUACUCCAGUUUAUUGUAUGCUUAAUAAUGGAUCAGGUGGCUACAAGCCACAUCACACCCAAUCUGGGAAAUCCAGUAUCCUGUACAAACUAUUAGCUUCAAUUUCAUAUAGUGGCAAUGGUUACAAAGAAAUGUUUGAGGUUAUAGUACCCAAAGUUAAAGUAGCAGCCAAUAUACCUGCUCCUUAUAACUAAAUGUAAUAUAAAUCCUACUACGACUAAUAAACACACCAGUAUAUAAAAGAUACAGAACCAGAUUCUUUAAGAUUCAACGCCUUAGUCUGAAAUAAAGGAUUCUUAACCACCCUUCAUCUUUUUAAAACUAAAAACUAAUUUGGUGCCUGCAAUUAAAAAUUGAUGACACUUAUCCUAGUGUGGCUCCAGCCUAAAACACAAUAGAUAGUCUUCCAGUCUGUCUUAGAUGUUCAUAUUUCAAAAUGACCAAUCAGAGCAUAUUUAAUUUAUUUUUUAUUAUUAUUAUUAUUUUUAGAACAGGGCACCAAUGUGUUCAGUUCUUCAAACUGAAAGUUUCACUUCUCAUGCUAAACUUUUCCACUUCCUGUUAGGGGGAGAUCCUAUAUCAUGAGGUGGCCUUGGAAGGAAGUGAUGUCAACAAGGGCUGUUCUCGCUAAAGAAAGCAAUUAAACUCUUGACCCAGAAUAUAGUCAUCUCUAACGGAGGGAAAAUGGGUUACACUUUACACUUUUGAAGCCAAUAUCAAAAAAAAAGUUUGUCUGAAUGCUAUGAUUUGAAACAUUUCCGUCUUGGCUUGUGAACUUGCAAGGGAGGCGCAGUUUGUAACACUUGAAUCAGAUGAUUGAAUCUCUUCCCAGAUCAUGACAUGAAAUGAACUGCUGGACUGUUAGAGAUACUUCAUUUUCCCUAUGAUGGAAAUGCAUUGGCAUUGUUGGAACUGUAUGAGGGUUUCACUGGAGUGAAGAAAAGAGAAAGGGCUUGCCUGUCUGCCUGCUAACCACCAUUACCUCUGGAGGGAAGAGAAGAUGAAGCAGUGCUUUUUUUCUAAGAAGCUGCUAUGGGUUUUUCUGCUGUGUCUGGUGUUUCUCGCACUUUACUUCUACUCUAGUCGCACAUUCAUUGUCAUGUGGGAUGUGCCCUGUGUCAGACUGCUUGCAAACAGUGGUAUAUCUCCUGUUAAAAACAAGUCAACAAACAAUGUGCAACCCGAGCCCUUAACUACUACAGCCCAGGCAAAGCCACCACUGACUGAACCACCAUUCAUCGGGGACAAGUAUGCACAAGAGGACAUCCGCUCAUCGGACUGCCCUGACAACAUUCACAAGAAGGUUUUGAAAUCCACGUUGUUCAAAGACAAGUUCCUAGAGACCAUUCCCAUCCUGCAGUGGAAGAAGCACGCCACAGAGGAGGAGUACAGCCGUCUGAAACAAUACAACGGGGCCCACGGAUGGAGCAUCGUCCCCUUUGAUGUCCUGAAGGAGUCUUUGGACCUUUUGAACACCACAGCUAACCAGCACAUGCUUGAUGACUGGGGCAGCAGGGCUAACAGGCCGGCCUGUGUCCGGUGUGCCGUGGUCGGGAAUGGGGGGAUACUAAAGGGCUCCCAGAAAGGAAAGGAGAUUGACCAGCAUGACUAUGUCUUCAGAACGAACGGGGCUGUGAUUGAGGGGUUUGAGGAGGACGUCGGGAGCAGGACCUCGUUCUACACCUUCUCCGCCAACACCCUGCGGAACUCCAUGGUGGCCUAUUUCUUACUGGGGUUCAGGGGACCCCCCAAGUCUGAGGAGACCCGAUUCAUCUUCCUGUCGGACCACGAUCAAGACUACCUCCUCCUGAAGGCAGCGGUGACACAAACUCCCAUCGAGAAGGGGCCACAUCGAUACAAGACGCCUCCAAAACAGUUUGGAGAAGAUGUAAGAGUGGAAAAAUUCAAAAUGUAUCAUCCAGACUUCAUCCGUUACAUUAGGAACAGGUUCUUGUAUGCCAAAGUUUUAACAACAAGAUACAGAGAUUAUUACCGACCCUCCACAGGGGCUACCAUGUUGUUGGCUGCAGUGCACACAUGUGACCAGGUGAGUGCCUAUGGCUUCAUGACUCCCAACUACGCCAAAUUCUCAGACCACUACUAUGACAACGCCUACCGUAAAGUGGCCUUCUACAUCAACCACGACCUUAUGAUGGAAAUGAGACUGUGGCAGCAACUCCACGAAGCUGGCAUCAUUCAAUUAUACAUGAGGGAAUGAGUAUGGUCUGUCUGGUUCCCCAACCCUACCAGCCUGCUAUGUAGAGCUGUCUGG